AUGACCAGGUGGAUUGUAUUACUAUGUGUGUGUCUGUGCGUCACCUCAGCAACAUUCAACAACUAUCAGCAAAUCAGCAGCUAUGAGGAGCACUCCUUUCUGGGUAAGGGGACUUAUUACACCCCGUUAUACAUUACAUAUGAAAUGACAUAUUUAUCUGUGUGUGGUUUCAUGGCGUUGUGUGUGUGUGACUGUGUCUGUGUCUUUACCUGUGUAUGUUUGUUAAUCUCUGUCUGUCUGUCUGUCUGUCUGUCUGUCUGUCUGUCUGUCUGUCUGUCUGUCUGUCUGUCUGUCUGUCUGUCUGUCUGUCUGUCUGUCUGUCUGUCUGUCUGUCUGUCUGUCUGUCUGUCUGUGUCUGUGUCUGUGUCUGUGUCUGUGUCUGUGUCUGUGUGUGUCCAUCUCUCUGCCCUCUUCCCCUCCAGACCCUGAGGACACACUGAGUGUGAGUGUCCCACUGGAGCUGCCCCAGCGCCCUCUGCUGGGCAGCACCUUGGUACUACCCUGCUACUUCCAGGUAGGUCCUCCUGGCGCCACUAUCAAUACUACACAGAUAUGAGAAAUAAGGAUGUUGGAUUUAGCAAUACAAAUCAUAUUAUUAGAUUUUUUUAAUUUAAAAGAAACAAUAUGACUACCUCCUGUUUGAGGGACCCUCCCUUCACUGUUUUAACUCCCUUCACUGUUUUAACUCCCUUCACUGCUUUAACUCCCUUCACUGCUUUAACUCUCUUCACUGCUUUAACUCUCGCCAGUGCUUUAACUCCCUUCACUGUUUUAACUUGCUGUUUUAGCACAUUUCUUCCACUGAUGGCUUCUAUUAGCUCAUUAUUCCCCUCAGUGGGAAUCUGUUAAAAUGGGGUGAUAUGAAAGUGCAGUUUCUGAGGUUUCAAAAAAAAAAAUAAGGAUGUUGGAUUUAGCAAUACAAAUCAUAUUAUUAGAUUUUUUUAUUUAAAAGAAACAACAUGACCACCUCCUGGUUGAGGGACCCUCCCUUCACUGUUUUAACUCCCUUCACUGCUUUAACUCCCUUCACUGUUUUAACUCCCUUCACUGUUUUAACUCCCUUCACUGUUUUAACUCCCUUCACUGUUUUAACUCCCUUCACUGUUUUAACUCCCUUCACUGUUUUAACUCCCUUCACUGCUUUAACUCUCGCCAGUGCUUUAACUCCCUUCACUGUUUUAACUUGCUGUUUUAGCACAUUUCUUCCACUGAUGUCUUUUAUUAGCUCAUUAUUCCCCUCAGUGGGAAUCUGUUAAAAUGGGGUGAUAUGAAAGUGCAGUUUGAGGUUUCAAAACCGUAUUGCACGCAAUGAUUAUUAACGGUUAGACAGUGUCCGAGGUGUUGUACACAUUGGCUGCGUUGUGGUCAAUGGUUCGAAUGAGAACCCAAUGGCAUGCUCAUUGUUUGUCUGUAUUGUAAUUGUUUUUAAUAACCUGCCCAGGGACUGCGGUUGAAAAUUAGCCGGCCGGCUAAAAUCGGCACUUUUACCGAAACGUUGAAUAAUGUACACUGUCCCUAUAAAAACAAACUCAAACUUAACAAUGCUGCUUUAAGGCAGAAGUUCCUCCAACAUAAAUAUUAAUCAGUCAACAUGACUGACAUGAUUGAAGAAAAUGUCUUUGUCCAAUUUUAUGUCGCUUAGAAAACAUUUGUAUAUGCCAACAACGUUUAAGCAUUUUUUAUUUAUUUGUAUGAAUUAUUACAAAGGAUCCUGACAGACUCGCACCUUAUUAGUCACAUAAUAAUACUGCUUUACUUGAUUUUGGUGUUCUGUAACGAGACUGAGGGAAAGUGUAUGUAGACAGCUCUAGCAUCUUGAAAGUGAUGCUCGGGAGUAGCAUUAUUUAAUGUUCAAAAUGUUUUGCUGUGGUGGCAAAAAUAUUGCUGUGAAUAAUAUGGUGGUGUUUUUCUCUCAUUUUUACAGUGCCAUACUCGGUAUGUCCGGUAUUCGAUGGGGAGUCCUUAUUCAUUCAUUCCUUACGUGAACACACUGCCUUAUUCAUAAAAAUUCUUGUUAACCAGUGUCCUGAGUCUGAGAUCAGUUUUCGCACCCAGCGAAAAGGCAGUGUGUUCACGUAUGACAAGGAGAAGGACAUGUGUACUGUGGAGCCACGUUAUCGGGACAGGAUCCAAAUGAAGAAUUACUCCAACGGCCGUAUUUUUGAAUUUCGCAAUGUAACCAAAGAAGAUAUGGAUGAAAUAUAUGUGAUCUAUGCUUCCAAUACACCCCAUCAGAGAUUUGUAAUUACAAGUAAGAAGUCUCCUGUCCAUCUUUUUUUUUUUUUUACAGUAAAAGGUUUGAGUGGAAGUACAUGUGACAGUGGUUUCUAA